UUCUUUCUUAGGAAUAAGAAUCAUACUUUUCUUCUUCUGUCGACAGUGUUUAUGUCAUCGGGUUACAAAGCUAAGAGUAUUGGGCUCACCUGAAUGGCUAAAACUUCGCAUGGGCGGGGCACAAAAGAUGUAGCGAUUAAUGUCACGUCUGUAUUUUUCUAGAUGUUUGACAUAGUUUUGAUCUAGGUGUAAAAACACCAUUGUUUAAUGAACAACAUGUUUUUUAACGAAUAAAGAAAAUGCAUGGACUAUAGCCUAUAACCUCAAAAAGCAAAGACAACCAUUCAUGGAUUUGCAGGAGAAAUAGUAAAAGUCCCAAACGUGAAUGUUUGUUAAGAGCGAAAAGUUACUUUUGAAUUUUACAUUUCACUAUUAAUUAUGUCUUUGCAUUGAUUAACCUUGAAAUAUGAUUAUUGCAAUAGCGUGCAAUGGCUUUAUAUAGGCUAACAAAAAAAAUGUUAGAAAUUUUUCCUAAAGUUUUAUAUCGUGGCUUAAUUGUUUUAGAUUUUCAUUUUUUUUCUGUAACAUGACUCCACAAAAUGGCCUAUACGUGAAAUAAUUUAUUGCUGUGAUCUCAGCUGUUGGUUAUAUCUCAUGCACACGUAUUCAAAACGCUUAUCUCUAUUCCCAGACUCUCAUUUACGUGCACUCAGAGAAUAAAGAAGAUUGGCCCGUUUAUUAAAAAACUGUCCAUCAAAACCCUGUUUGAAAAGGGCGUGGCUGUUAUAUCUAUUUUCAACCAAACCUAAUAAAUGAAAUGUGCGAUUUAUAAAUCAAUUCUGAAAAAUUAAAUCAGAAAAUUCUACACAUAAAACCAAUGUUUUCAGUUUUAAACGUGCACGAACAUACAUAGCCUAAUGUUUCCUAGUUUUGAACGCGAAACAUUUUAAACUUUGAUGACUUUAUAGUGUACUUGAAAAAGUUUGUAAAAUUAUUAAUAGCCAUAAUUUUGCAACAAUUAGCAACUAUAUUUAUCGUAUUCAAUCUAUGAUUCUGUUACAUGAGUGAAUUUGGGCCAUCCAUCUAACACACUAAGAAUUAAAUUAGUAGUCAAAACAGCGUUAAAGCAAUUCUUAAAGACAAUAAUUCAAUUCAAAUUGUGGGUUUUUACUUAAUAUUGAAGAUGCAAACUUGGGGUGAUUGGGAUCUAAACCCGCUCGACUCUGAUAUCAUUUUGCAUUUGUGCACGCAACCUUUGUCACUUUCACCUAAAAUGUAACAUUUUUUCAACGUUUACUGGCAAAAAAUGUAAUCUGACACGUAAUUACACCCUAUCUUGGGUGUGCCCACUCAGCUUCAAACCCUUUAAAAGAGGGCCAACAUUUAGAUGGGCAAGUCAUCUUAUACCCUGGUACAUCUGUUCACUCAACAUGAGCCUCUCUGCUAAAGACAAAGACACCGUGAAGGCCCUCUGGGCUAAGAUCGCACCAAAAGGUGCUGAAAUUGGCAAUGAGGCAUUGUCCAGACUGUUCGUGGUUUAUCCUCAGACCAAGACCUACUUCUCUCACUGGAGCGACCUGACACCCGGCUCUGCUCCCGUGAGGAACCAUGGAAAGAAAGUCAUUGGAGGACUUGGCCUGGCUGUUGAAAAAAUCGACGAUCUUUUCGGCGGACUGCUCACCCUCAGCGAGCUGCAUGCCUUUCAACUGAGAGUCGAUCCUGCUAACUUCAAGAUCCUGUCCCACUGUAUUCUUGUGGUGAUUGCCAUGCUCUUCCCUGACGACUUCACACCUGAAGCACAUAUGGCCAUGGACAAGUUCCUUACAAGAGUGGCCCUGGCUCUGUCUGACAAAUAUCGUUAACCAGUUUGACUGUUGUUUGACAACUUGAGAACCAGCUUGAAUGCUGUCUUGCUGAUUUGGUCAACAACAUGACCUAAAUAAAUGAUAAAAAUAUG